CACGCAUAUGGGAAAGCUCCGGGGACAGAAUACGCACCCACCGGACGCCGCCGCCGCCACCACCCUCCGCCUCGCCGCGCUCCUCCAGUCGUACGGCCGCGCCGGCGACAUCCGUCGCGGCCGCGCGCUCCAUGCGCACCUCUUGCUCUCGGGCGCGGCCGCCGCGUCCACCUUCCUUGCCAACCACCUCAUCACCAUGUACUCCCACUGCGCCGACGCCGCCUCCGCCGUGCGCGUGUUCGGCGCCGUGCCCCGCCCCAACCUCGUCUCCUGGACGACGCUCGUCUCGGGGCUCGUCCAGAACUCCAUGCACGCCGACGCGCUCGCGGCAUUCACCGCCAUGCGCCGCGCGGACAUCGUGCCCACGCAGUUCGCGCUCUCCAGCGCCGCGCGCGCAGCGGCCGGCCUGGCGGCCCCGCGCCCCGGCGCGCAGCUGCACUGCGUCGGCAUCAGGCUCGGCUUCGACACCGAGCUCUUCGUUGCGAGCAACCUCGCGGACAUGUACUCCAAGUGUGGUCUCCUGUGUGAGGCGUGCAGGGUGUUUGACCAAAUGCCGCAAAAGGAUGCUGUCGCCUGGACUGCCAUGAUCGACGGCUAUGCCAAGAACGGGAGCCUCCAGGCAGCUGUUCUGGCUUUCCGGGAUAUGAAAUGUGAGGGGCUGAUUGGAGCUGACCAGCAUGUCUUCUGCAGUGCAUUGAGUGCGUCAGGAGGGCUCAAGGAUGUAUGGCUGGGUCGUAGCCUGCAUUGUUGUAUAAUUAAGGCAGGGUUUGAACUGGAGACUGUUUUGAGGAAUGCGCUAUUGGACAUGUAUGCUAAAUCUGGGGAUUUGGAGAAUGCCUCUCGUGCGGUGAAGGUUGAUCCUGGAGGUUGGAAUGUUGUGUCCGGCACCUCGCUGAUCGACGGUUACAUUGAAACUGAUCGUGUUGAUGAGGCCCUUGAAACAUAUACUGAGCUGCGGAGGCAGGGUAUUGAGCCCAAUGAAUUCACUUUCUCGAGCAUGAUUAAGGGCUGUGCCAUGCAAGCUCUGCUCGAACAAGGUACUCAGCUGCAUGCUCAAGUGAUCAAGACAAGUUUGAUCGAUGACUCAUUUGUUGGUUCCACCCUUGUGGAUAUGUAUGGAAAAUGCGGCCUCAUGAGUUUGUCCAUUCAGUUAUUUAAUGAGAUUGGAUAUCACACUGAGAUUGCCUGGAAUGCGAUAAUAAAUGUAUAUGCACAGCACGGUCAUGGUUGGGAAGCAAUCCAAGCUUUUGACAGGAUGACCUCAAGUGGUAUCAGGCCAAAUCACAUUACAUUUGUCAGCCUGCUGACAGCAUGCAGUCAUGCUGGAUUAGUGGAUGAAGGACUAAAAUAUUUUUACUCCAUGAAGGAUAAACAUGGUAUUGAGCCUAAAGAGGAGCACUAUUCAUGUAUCAUUGAUAUGUAUGGUCGAGCAGGGAGACUAAGGGAAGCAGAAAAAUUCAUAGGUGAGAUGCCUGUCAAACCCAAUGCACAUGGUUGGUGCUCCUUGCUUCGAGCUUGCCGGAUGCGAGGAAACAAGGAGCUGGGAGAGAUUGCUGCGCAAAAUCUUAUGAAGCUUGAGCCAGAUAACACCGGUAUUCAUGUAUCCCUUUCUGGAAUAUACGCAUCAUUGGGCCAAUGGGAGGAUGUGAAGGCAGUCAGGAAGUUGAUGAGGGAUACCAGGAUUAAGAAGCUGCCAGGUUUUAGCUGGGUAGAUGCUAACAAGAAAACACAUGUGUUUGGAUCUGAGGAUUGGUCACACCCACAGCAGGAGCAGAUAUAUAAAAAGCUUGAGGACCUCUCCGGGAGGAUAAAGGAGGAAGGUUAUGUCCCGGACACAACCUCCUUGCCACUUAACCUAGAAGAUAGUGCAAAGGAGAGGCUUCUGCGCUAUCACAGUGAGAGGAUUGCCGUGGCUUUUGCUUUGAUAAGCAUGCCAGCUACAAAACCAAUCAUUGUGAAGAAGAAUUUACGGAUCUGUGCAGACUGCCAUUCUGCGUUGAAGUUCAUUUCUAAGGUAGAAAGCAGGGAUAUUAUCGUUAGAGAUAAUUCCAGGUUCCACCAUUUUGUUAAAGGGAGGUGUUUCUGUGGAGAUUACUGGUGAUUAACUCUUAUCCACCACUCUGUUGGCAUUAGAAAGGAUACAUAUGGCAUUCUUACAUUGCUGCCA